AUGCAACUUUUUCUUCGCGACUGUGUGGUGGAAUUGAAUCCCCUGGAUCUACCUUCUCAGGGAUUAUAUAUUAUAAAGGACAGCAAGGUUGAUUUUGCUUUAGGAGCAGAGAGCACAAUUGAUCUUUCCGUCAAACGAUCAGCAUUACUGCUUGUUGAUGAGGUAUCUAACCUAGAGACUGUAGGGAUACCGGCAGUGAGUGGAGUUACAGAAUUCUUUCUGUCACAGGGAUAUGUUUCGAUAGGCUCGAUUUCAACUCUAAAAUCUGUUAUCAAGAUCCCCAGCAAUCGUAAGCCCAGAGUCGACAUUACAAUCGAUUCUGUCACUCUCAAUACAUGUGCUGACUCCACCCAAGUACUAAUCCAAACCUUGAAUGCUUUGAAACCCCCGGUAGAAGCUAAUGAUGGGAUCAGGUUUCGUACAGAGCUACCAAAUUUGGUAGACAUAUUUUCUGAAGUUGAUGAAACAACCUUCAUGGAUGGAUAUACUUCUUCUACUGCUCUUUCUAAAAUGGGGGAUGAUGUUAUUAAUGAUGAUAUUCCUUCCAAUCUUGAAUUUGUAGAGAGCUAUUACGUAGAUCAGUCCACCCGUUUAAAAUGGAAUUCUGGAUCAUCGUCCGGAUCAUUAAAUAAUGGUGUCUCUCGUGCUGAUAUGCUACUGGAACAAGAUUUGAGUGUUUUGGCAGGUAAGAGUAAGAACUCAAGCAACAGCAAUAGUAUUGAAGGAUCUAUAUCUUCGGUGAGUGAGGCGUCACCAUAUGCAUCCUCAACGUCUUCAUCUUCGUCAAGAAAUGGGUCUCAAUCAUAUGCACGACUUGAUAAUUUCGAGCAGAGAGCGUACACACAUGAUUCUGUUUUGAACAUUGAAGAAGAUCAUUUUGCCAAAGAUUUACCCUCAAUCUAUGAGCAGCCAACAGAAUCUGGAUCGACUUCGCCUGUUAGCACUCCUCGUCGACGUCGGAGUGUAACGGCCACAAUACCCACUACAGAAAAACAAGAGCCCCUAAUCACAAUAAAAGCACGGAUUUUGUCAGUCGAUUGGCUAUUAUUUGACGGGUAUGAUUGGAGUUUCACCAGAGAUACUAUCAAUAAAGCGGUGAAUCGAGUUGAGUAUGCUGCAGAUCAGUUCCAUCGUGAAGCUAAUGGACGGGGAGUUUCAGCCUCUGAUAGAUUCACACCAUCUCCAAGGAAUUCGGGAGAAGUCGGAAACAACGAGGAGAGGGGUCGAAUUCGAAACGAGUCUCCCGAAGGCGAAGUGCAGACCGUUGUAGGUGACUUGUUAUUCAACUCUAUUUACAUUGGUGUCCCAGCUGGCGACGACCCUGAUAUGUUACGAGGAGCUAUCAACAGAGAACUUAAUGAUGAUAUGAGCGAAGCCGGAAGUAAUGCAUCUACCAACAUCACCUCGCGCUCAAGUAGCGCUAAUCGUAGGUCUGUAGACCUCGGGUAUCGACGCAAGAAGAAAUUGGCUCUAAAGCGAUCUAAACGCUACAAAAUGAAAAUAUCGCUUCGCGACGUCUGUGCAGAUGUCAUUGUUUUAGGCGGGGUCAAUGAUCAGGUUGAUUUAUCCCACUACUCCCCUGAUACCAGUGGCAUUGUUUUGAACACGAUCGAUAUCAGAGUGAAAGAUUUGGAGAUCUUUGACAAUGUUCAUACUUCGACGUGGAAUAAGUUUCUCUCUUAUAUGAGAGACGCUGGGGAACGCGAAUCGCAUGCUAGUAUGGUGCAUAUACUGUUAGAUACCGUAAAGCCAGUAGAUUAUUUGGCGGUCUCAGAAAUUCAGUUGAAAGUUUCAGUCCUUCCGCUCAGAUUGAUUGUAGACCAGGAUGCACUUGAUUUCUUAACAAGAUUUUUUGAGUUCAAGGAUGAAAGAUUUGUGGUCGCAGAAACUAAUGAAGAGAUAUUCAUUCAGAAACUUGAUGUACGUUCUGUGAGUGUGAAGUUAGACUACAAGCCUAAAAAGGUCGACUACAUGGGACUGAAAUCAGGAAGAACCAUAGAGUUCAUGAAUUUCUUUACAUUAGAUGGUGCGGAUAUAGUUCUACGGCAUGUUGUGCUAUAUGGAAUUGAUGGAUUCGGAAAGGUAUCAGAUUUACUUAAUGGCAUUUGGAUGCCUGAUAUCAAGCAGAAUCAAUUGGGCAAGUUCUUAUCCGGACUGUCCUCAGUUCAUUCACUUGUGAGGCUCGGAAGCGGAGUGAGAGACUUAUUUGUGAUUCCGCUACAAGAGUACAAAAAAGAUGGAAGAGUGGUCAGAGGCUUGCAGAAGGGUGCAUGGUUCUUUGCCAAAAACACAACCAAUGAAUUGGCCAAGUUGGGUGCGAAACUGGCUGCUGGCACACAGGGUGUUCUAGAAAGUGCGGAGCAGGCUUUGGGUGGCAGUGGUGCUUCAGCUAGAUCUCUCGGUGCUGCGUAUCGGUCACCUUACUCCGACGAUAUUGUUAGCGAUGACGAAGAGCCUUCCUCGCCCAGCACUGAUCAACAGCAUAUUGUCAGUUUGUAUGCUAAUCAACCUGGAGGUGUAAGCGAGGGCCUGAGAUCGGCGUAUAAAAGCAUGGGCAAGAAUCUUACUAUGGCUCGAGAUGCCGUUGCUGACAUUGGUGUUGAUGCGGCCGAGCGAGGGAACGCUCAAGGUGCUGCUAUCGCUGUUAUGAGGGCUGCUCCAGUUGUGCUUAUCCGGCCAAUGAUAGGAGCCACGGAAGCUGUAUCAAAAACUCUAAUGGGUGUUACAAACCAAAUAGAGCCUGACCAACUACAAGAUGUACAGGAUGUAAGUAUCAUAUCUGGUCUGCUAAAUGAAUCUCAAAAUUCACAAAUACUAACCUUUAGAAAUACAAAUGAUUCUAUCCAAAUUAGAUUAUGA